AUCUGAUAUGAGAGUGUGUCUCCAGAUUCAGUAGCUAUCAUCGUCUCGUUGAAGUGUGUUGGUUAGUUUCGUGGGUUCCAGGAUUUACAGGACUUUGGUGACAAUGACAGAGGAACAAGGGACGAGUGUGGAUGUGGAGCAGCCUUCCCCCCCGAGCGAACCCCCUGGACCACCAGCCAGGAACGGGAAUCCCAAGAUACUGCAGCGAAUCGAAACUGUCCCAGAUAUCAAGCGGGAUACGUCCGGGAUCACUACCCAGUAUAUUGCUACUGGAAUUGUGAAUCUUGGCGCGUUUGCAUCAGGUGCAUGCAUGGCGUGGUCUUCAUCAGCGCUUCCUCAUUUGAUCAGCAAUGAGGCUCCAUUGGAAUCAGUUUUGUCGGAUGGGUUUGACCCACGUCCUCGGCUGACGUUAACUCACUCAGCAGCGUCAUGGACCGCGUCUCUUCUCUGUCUUGGAGCGCUGUUCGGAGCAAUACCCACUGGUCUCAUAUCAGAGCAUUUUGGAAGAAAGAAGACCUUGCUGUACCUUGCCUUGCCGCUGGUGGUGUCGUGGAUUAUGGUCGCUUCAAGUCCAAACGUCUACGGGUUGUACGUAGGCAGAUUCGUCGGUGGAGUAGCCGUUGGGGCUUUCAGCGUCGGCAUUCCUCCGUACGUAGAGGACAUAGCUGAGAGCGACCUCCUGCCGACCUUGGCGAACUUCUACCAUGUACACCUCGCGUGUGGGGUCCUUUUUGGUUAUAUUGUUGGUAUGAUUCCAAGCGCCACUUGGUUAUCCGUUAUCUGUACAACAAUACCAAUAGCGUUCUUCGUUGCAUUCAUCUUCCUUCCUGAAUCACCUGCCUAUCUUCUCUCCCAAGGCAAAUAUAACGAAGCUAAAGCAGCAUUGAGAUAUUUCCGAGGCAUCGAUAAUGAUGUCGACUCAGAAUAUAAAGAACUGAAGGAGCAAAUGAGAAAUAACGUAAAGCAUAACGUGACGUUCAAAGAACUAUUCAGCACUAAAGGCACAAUCAAAGCUCUAGUCGUCUCUUUCGGACUUAUGGUCUUUCAGCAAAUGAGCGGUAUAUAUCCCGUCCUUUUCUAUGCGAAGAAUAUCUUCAACACAUUUUCGAUUACGAUGAAUUUGCCAAGCGCUGCUAUCAUCCUUGGAUUUUGUUUAGUCUCAUCAACUUAUUUUUCUACUAUGUUGUUGAAGAAAGUAAGAAGACGCGUCUUAUUACUUUUCUCUUUCACACUUAUGGCUAUUAGCUUAGCAUUAUUAGCUACAUACUUCCAUUUGAAAGCAUCACAAAUGGUACAGAAUAAUACUUGGGUUCCAUUGUUAUGUCUAUGUAUGUUUGUCAGUGUAUACGCAUCUGGUGUCGGGCCGAUCCCAUGGUUAAUGCUAAGAGAGAUAUUUCCAUCGAACGUUAGACGAAGAGCCACAGCUAUAACUGCUGGUUUUCACUGGUUUUUAGCAUUUGGUGUGACCAAACUAUUCCAGAAUUUGGUCGCUAAGGUUCAACCAGGAUGGGCGCUUUGGUAUUUCGCUAUUAUAUGUGUAGUGGGUACGAUAUUUGUAUAUUUCUUCGUACCAGAAACUAAAGGCAGAUCGUUACAGGAGAUCCACAAUGAAUUUGAUGGUAUACAUAAGAAGAGGAAGCACAGACAUGUCAUUGAAGUUGAGAGUGUUUCAGAACCCUGAUUUAGAAUAAAUUUAAUUUGGCUUAAAAUUUAUUCAAAAUCAGUAUUCGAAUAUUGUUCUGAAUUUGACGUACUGCUAAAAAUAUUUAUUUUUUAAUGAUUAUGAGGGACUAUAAGUGUAAAUGUAAGACUUAAUAAAAUCAAAGAGACGCUAUGUAGAUAGAAAUAAACAUUAUUUAAAUUAUUUGUGUUAAUAAUAAAAUAAGACAUAAAACGAGAUGAAUUAUGCAUUCAAGAGAUAUCAGACAUAUCGACAAUCAACAAUUUAGAAUCUUUAUUAUAAUUUUUAUCUAUUUUGAUAACUUAAUAAUUUUAUGGGCCUAAAGGCAAAUAAUAAACUUAAUAUUUCUUUAUUUUUAAAUGAUACAGUAAGGGAUUCCACAUUAGGUAGAUUAAGUUAAUUUAUUAUCGAUUAUUAAUAGUAUAUAUAAAUUCAGAGAUCAUGUACUCUUAUAAUAUUUCUUUUACUAUUUAUUUUGCUACAAUAUUCCGGCUAGAGCCGAAUUUAAUUUAAUUUUGCAAAGAAAGUUAAAAGCGUAUCGUUUUGAAACUUUCAAAUUGGAAUUGACAAAUUUUUUUAAAUAUUAGUUAAUUGAAGACUUGGUAGGGGGUAGGAAGAGAUAUUUAGGACAAGUAUUUAUUUUUUAUUAUGUUUAUUGUAAUAAAAUUUAUUUUACACUA